AAAAGAAGUGUUUUUGUCAUUAUUUGUUUCUUUUUAGGGUCGAAAGUUUUCAGUUCAAGGUCUUUUGGGGAAAGAUAUGUGUUCGAGUGCUUUUGUUGAUGGAACAGUGGUGGUUUUCCGUUUGGCACCACAGGAUUAUCACCGUUUCCACUUUCCAGUAUCAGGAACUGUUGAGCAAUUCGUAGAUAUCCCUGGAUGCUUGUAUACUGUCAAUCCCAUUGCUGUAAAUAGCAAGUACUGUAAUGUUUUCACGGAGAACAAGAGAGUUGUUUCAAUAAUUUCAACAGUAGAUUUUGGAAAGGUGGCAUUUGUUGCAAUAGGAGCGACGAUGGUUGGUAGCAUUACUUUUACAAAGAAAAAGGGCGACUCUGUCAAGAAGGGAGACGAGUUUGGAUAUUUCUCAUUCGGUGGGAGCACUGUCAUUUGCGUAUUUGAAAAGGAUUCAAUUGCAAUUGAUGAAGAUCUUCUGGCGAAUAGCAACAGGGCACUCGAGACCUUGGUUUCUGUAGGGAUGAGAUUGGGCGUCUCCACGAGAAAAUUGUCUUGACAUUGGAUUGAUUUGGAAAUGUUGAAAUAGAAUAAUAAUGAGAGUUCUUCUCCCAAUUUGUAAAGUAAAUCUUUUACAACCUCAUGAUUUCGUGUAGAUUGAUCUAGAUAGAAACAUCUGGGAUAAGUUCGGCCUUGUAGAGAUCCAUUCUUUAUAUAAAGAGUAAUAAGCAUGGACAAAUUUAUAAAGCA